AUGGAUAUAAAGAGAAAUAAAAUAUUCAUUCUAUAGAAUAAUGAAGAAUAUAAUUAGCUUUAGAAUAAAUUGGAAAUAGAUCAUUCGUAAAGUUGUCAUACAUAAAAAUAAGAAGGUUUAAUAAUUGAUAUUUGUAGAAUUACUUGAUUCUAUUAAUUUGAAGGGCUAUAUUUUUUUAAAAAAUUUUUAUUUCGAUUAAGUAAAAUCUAGGAAAAAUGUAAAUAAUUAUCAUCAGCCUGGAUUCUUUGUCGAAAAUGAUGGAUAAUAUAUUUCUGAUGUAAGAGUUUGAAAAUUGA